AUGACUAAUAUUCUUGCUCGACUAGUAGAGCAGCAGGAUCAAACCCCUGUUAAUCAGCCUAGAGACCCUGAAAUGGGACAAGAUAGGGCCCUGGAGAGAUUUCAAAAGUUUUCUCCUCCUAAGUUUCUUGGAGGACCGGACCCUGAGGCAGCUGAGAGGUGGUUGGAGGCUAUGAUCAAUAUUUUCGUUGCCUUAAACUAUACGGAGGAUAAGCAGGUGCAUUUCGCUAUAUUUCAAUUUGAGGGACCAGCUAAGACCUGGUGGAAUGUAAUUAGGGCUAAAUGGAAAAGAGAGGGGAUUGCAUGGACUUUAGUAAAUUUUGUGCGGGAGUUUAAUGAGAAAUAUCUUCCACCGAUAGUUCAAGAAAAGAGGGAGGAUAAGUUUAUUAAACUCUGUCAGGGAACCUUAAGUAUAUCUGAGUACGAGACUCAGUUCACUAAACUAUUGAAAUUUGCUCCCGAAUUGAUAACUACGGAGCAAAGAAGGAUUAGAAGGUUUGUACAGGGACUCAAUGUAGAAAUACAGGAGGCUUUGGCGGCAGCCCAAAUUAAUACUUUUAUGGAGGUUCUGGAGAAAAUCCAGAGAAUAGAAAUUGCUAAGGCACAAGUAAGGGUUUUUCAUGCAAAAAGGAGAGGUGCACCUGGUGGAAGUCAGGGACACGACCAAGGUGAUCUAGGUAGGCCACCCUCUAAGAUGGAUCGAGGAGAUGGUGGUGAGGAAAUUUUGGGGACACCUAAGAAAAUUACUUCAAGAGGGGCCUCAGGUGGAAGGGGGCAAGCAAGAGGUGCCUUGCAAGGAGGUCAGACCCCAGCCCCUCGAGUAUCUUGUGGAUACUAUGGAAAAUCCAACCACACAGAAGCUAAUUGCUGGCGAAAGGCUUGA